GUCUUGUGAUGUGACAUCAGCGCCUCGUUGAGGCCGCCAGCCCCCUCACAGCUGCGCGCAAUGAGGCGCUACUGGCCGACACAUCUAAACAGGCCUCAGAGCGACCAAACUCAGGAUUAUUACGGGUUAGACAGAAAGUGUGCGGCUGUUUUUUGCGCUGCUGCGUGUUGUGAAUAAGGGGAGACAUAGCCAGGCCGGGGCUGAGCGUGCGCUGCGUGUUCGUGAUGAUGGCAUCGUGGUGACUCUGGUGCGCUCGGAGUUGGAGUUUGUCUUGGCACUUUGGCACAUCUCAUCUCUCUCAUCCUGCACGGUCGCCUUCGGGCUGUUUUGCACAGUUAUAACCAGCUGAAGUGACGUUGGCACAGCGAGCCAUGAUCACCUCCACUCCAGCUCCAGGGGCUACUCGAGCCUCUCGAGCCGCCGGAGCUUCGCCUUCCUCAGUCAGCCCGACGCGCCUGAGCCGCCUGCAGGAGAAGGAGGACCUCCGGCAGCUCAACGACCGGCUGGCUAACUACAUAGAGCGUGUGCGCCAGCUCGAAAAUGAGAAGUCGUCCAUGCAGCUCCUGCUGGAGGAGAAGGAAGAGACCACCACCCGGGAGCUGAGAAACGUCAGGCUGCUCUACGAGACCGAGCUGGCCGACGCCAGGAAGACCCUGGACACCACCGCUAACGAGAGGGCCAGGCUUCAGAUAGAGUACAGUCAGCUGUGCGAGGACCACCGCAGGCUGGUGGCGAGGAACAACAAGAAAGAGGCCGAGCUGAGCAAUGCUGUCGAGCGCUGGAGAAAUCUCGAAGCUGCUCUGAACUCCAAAGAGGCAGACUAUGCUAAUUUACUGGCAGCCAACCGCAGGCUGGAAAAUGAUUUGGCGGAUCUCAAGGCACAAGUGGAUAAUCUGGAGUCAUCCUUGCAAAAUGCUAAAGCUCAGAUUAAUUCAGAGAUGCUGCGGCGAGUGGACGCAGAGAACCAGAUUCAGACGCUGCAGGAGCAGAUGGACUUUCAAAAGCACAUCUCUGAACAGGAAGUGCGGGAGAUGCGGAGCCGGCAUGAGAGUCGUCUGAUGGAGGUGGACUCGGGCAGGCAGAGGGAGUUUGAGAGUAAACUAGCGGAAGCCAUGCAGCAGCUCCGGCAAGAACACGAAACCCAAAUCCAGCAGUACAAGGAGGAACUGGGACGGACCUUCAGUGCGAAGUUGGAGAACGCGAAGCAAGUUGCGGCCAAGAACAGUGACUUUGCCACAUCAACAAGAGAGGAGCUGGCAGGAACCAAACUCAGAGUUGAGUCGCAGUCCAUGCAGAUCAGCAACCUGCAGAAACAGAACUCGGCGUUGGAGGCGCGUGUGCAGGAGCUGGAGCAUUUGCUGGACCGUGAACGGCAGCUCAGCCACCAGCGGCUCACGCAGAAGGAGCAGGAGAUGGCCGACAUGAGGCAGCAGAUGCAGGCACAGCUGGAGGAGUACCAGAGCCUGCUGGAUGUCAAACUGAUGUUGGACAUGGAGAUCAAUGCCUAUCGCAAGAUGCUGGAGGGAGAAGAGCGAAGACUGAACCUCUCUCCGAGUCCGUCCCAGCACGCUUCCAUCUCCCGCACACACAAGCAGACUACACGUAAAGCCUGGGCCAAGAAACGAAAGCACGAGGGCGGCUCAGGCCUCUCUCCCAGUUAUAAAGUGUCCCAGCACUCGUCCACCCGCGGCUGCGUGUCCGUUGGCGAGAUUGACCUGCAUGGAAACUUCAUAAAGCUCAAGAACAACUCUGACAUGGAUCAGCCACUAGGUGGCUGGGCAGUGAGGAGGAGGCAGCAAGGAGUUCCGGACAUCAUCUACCAGAUCCCCACAUCCUGCAUUCUGGGUGCUGGACAAACAGUGACGAUUUGGUCUGCAGGAGCUGGAGUGGAACCGAAUCCUCCUACUGACCUGGUUCUAAGUGAUCCAAAGACAUGGGGAGCGGUCAGCGAUGUCACAGUUUCUCUGCUUAACACACACAAUGAGGAGACGGCCGAGCGGUGUGUGGUGUGUGUUCAGGGCCGAGCUGAGGGAGACUCGGAUGUGGAAUUUGAUGAAGAGAGCGGCGUGGGCUCAGAGAUUCACCCUCGCCGACAGCCCAAACGAAGGAAAAAGAAAUGUUGCUCUCUAUCCUGACCUGUCGCUGCAUAGCAGGAGCAGUAGAGCCAGGUGGGGAAUCAGGAGGCCAGCUGUGCAGUCAUGUAGCAUCCGUCCAUCUAAGUCCAUGGACUAUGGUGUGGAAUUAUCACUCCAUUGAUAUUUUUUUUUACAGAGACAUAACCUAACGGCCCUAGAACGGUUAGUUCUUAAAAUAACUAAUUUCUUACUCCUGGGCUGUACUUAUGUCCAUUUAAUCACAUUCAUUGAGAUAUAAUGGGCAACACUGCAUAGAAUAGCCACUGAGACCCUAAAGAUAACUUGACAUAUUUUCCUGCAUCAGAAAAAUCAAACUUUCUGCAGAAUGUGUGAAAGUUGCUUGUUUGGAAGGUUUCUGGUGCCUUAAAACUUGUUCAUAUAAGUUAUUUGCAAAGGUCCUUCAGCAACGUGCAGUAUUUGUCUGUAAAUUCUGACAGAUAUGAUCUGAAAUAUGACUCAUCUCUGGACUUUAUUGUACCCGACUUGCCUGAAUAUUCCUAGAUUUGCACUCAUAAUUGCUAAAGCGUUACCUGUGUGUAAACAUGGGAAGGUUAUAUUUAUAGGAGUAGCCCAGAUGUGGUGGUGAUAUGCUGCUGAUGACUAGUGAGGUAGAGAAAGAAUGGUUGUACUUCAUUCCCAGACUCUAACUGUGCCUUUUGUAGGAAGAAUUGUUCAAAAUGUAGCACUACAGGUCAUUAAACCAUUUAGAAGGUUUGUCCAUUUUGGCCGCACUCUCGGUAGGAUCCAUUAUGAACGGUCAGUGUUCACAAGGUUACAUUUUAUAUGUUCUUUUAAUUUAAUCAGUGCAGUGACAAACACCUAUAAACACUGUCAUAAGCUUACUUUGGUUUUUCCUUUUUUUUGGUUGAACAUAUUCCCUUGUAAACCUUCAUAGCAGAACAUGACCAUUUAUCUGAUUAUCUAGCCUUCUAGUGACCUCAAAAUAGAUCCUGAAUGUCAAAGCCUAUUUAUUGCAUUUGUUUCACCAAAUGUAUAUACUUUUUUAUAUCUAUAUAUAAAUUCAAUAAAGAUU